CGUCGCUUCCUUAAAAAGGAGUCGCCAGAGCUGCGCCCUUUCGUUCGUCCUCAGUGCGGGAUAACGACAACAUCGGAUCAUUCAUCCUUCGAGAGCAUCGCGAAAACCCGAAUUUACUCUUAAUUACCUAUUUGUUCUUUCCAGCCGAGGAAGAGCCACAGCAGUCAAGGUUCAACCCAGUAACGAUGGACACCUUCAUCCGCCGCUGCCCCUUCCUGUCACGUAUGCCUCAGGCCUUCCUGCAGCAGUCCAGGAAGUCCCUUGUGGUCUAUGCGCAGAAGUGUCCUGUGAUGAUGGAACUGGCCUCCAAGCCGUUUGCCCGCUCCCUCUGCUCCUCCUCGGCCAACCUGCAGAAGGUGGAGGAGACCAACUCCUCCAGCAAUGGAUCUGCGCAGCUGCCCCCAGGUCACCCGACACCCCCUGCAGGUCAGCCUGUAGCCUCCAAGUGCCCCUUCCUUGCUGCAGAGAUGGGGCAGAAGAGCAGCAGUGUGGUGCGGCAGGUCUCCUUAGAGGAAGAGGAUGUCACGGAGAUCCGCACCCUGCGUACCGAUGUGGCCAAGCCCCUGAGGACCCCCAUGGAGGGAAACGCCUCCAAGGCUGAUUCUGAUGAGCACAGCAGUCUGCUGAAGAAGCUGCUGAAGCAGCGCCCAGCCAAGGUGUCCCACCUGUUGCAGGAGAACAUGCCCAAAUCAGUCACCAACUUCCGUUAUGACACAUUCUUUGAGAAGAAGAUUGAGGCCCAGAAGCGGGACCACACCUACCGUGUGUUCAAAACGGUGAACCGCCGGGCGACCACCUUUCCCAUGGCGGACGACUACACGGAGUCGCUCGAUCUGAGGCGUGACGUGUCCGUGUGGUGCAGUAAUGACUACCUGGGCAUGAGCCGCCACCCCCAGGUCGUCCGCUCUGUCAUGGACACGUUACGGAAACAUGGGGCAGGGGCGGGCGGCACCAGGAACAUCUCUGGGACAAGCAAGUUCCACGUGGAGCUGGAGCGUGAGCUGGCCAACCUCCACGGGAAAGAUGCAGCCCUGCUGUUCUCCUCAUGCUUCGUGGCCAACGACUCAACCCUCUUCACUCUGGCCAAGAUGCUGCCCGGUUGCGAGGUGUACUCUGAUGCUGGAAACCACGCCUCCAUGAUUCAGGGCAUCCGGAACAGCGGCGUGCCCAAAUUCAUCUUUCGUCACAAUGAUCUGAAUCACCUGAGAGAGCUGCUGAGCAAGUCCAACCCAUCCACACCGAAGAUAGUGGCCUUUGAGACGGUGCAUUCUAUGGAUGGUUCAAUUUGUCCGCUGGAGGAGAUGUGUGACCUGGCCCAUGAGUUUGGAGCCAUCACCUUUGUGGACGAGGUGCAUGCAGUGGGCCUGUACGGGCCCCGUGGAGGAGGGAUAGGGGACAGGGAUGGCGUCAUGCACAAGAUGGACAUCAUCUCUGGCACCCUGGGCAAGGCGUUUGGCUGUGUCGGAGGCUACGUUGCCAGUACGUCCACCCUGGUGGACACUGUGCGCUCAUACGCAGCAGGUUUCAUCUUUACCACCUCGCUACCGCCCAUGCUGCUGGCGGGCGCACGGGAGUCUGUGUCCACACUCAAAGGCGAGGAGGGUCGCAUGCUGCGUCUACGCCACCAGCGCAACGUCAAGCUGCUGCGCCGCAUGCUCAUGGACGAGGGUCUCCCUGUGAUGAACAGCCCUAGCCACAUCAUUCCUAUCAGGGUUGCAGACGCAGCUAAGAACACAGCGGUGUGUGACAUCAUGAUGAGCCGCUACAACAUUUACGUCCAAGCCAUUAACUACCCAACGGUCGCUCGGGGGGAGGAACGGCUGCGUGUGGCUCCCACCCCACACCACACACCCCAGAUGAUGGAGUACUUUGUUGACAAGCUUCUGAAGGCCUGGAAGGAAGUGGGCUUGGAGCUGAAGCCGUCAUCUUCAGCUGAAUGUAACUUCUGCCGCCAGCCCCUGCACCUGGAGCUGCUGAGUGAGCGGGAAAAGUCCUUUUUCAGUGGGUUGAGCCAGGUGUCGGCCCGUGCGUAACGUGCUGCUCCGCUCAGUCCGCCGCCGUAACUUGGUGUAGAAAUCCAUCUGCACCUCGUCCCGUGAAAUAAAUGUGAGGAGAAAACA